AUGGCAACAUCCGCAUCCUCACUGGCUUACCAUGAGCCCUCCAUCACCACCAUCAUCAUCCUCUCCGGCUUCCUGCUGCUGCUCAACACCGUCAACUAUGGCCUCGACAAGCUCGUCUACUGCGGCCUCAUCGGGCAGGUCUUCCUCGGCAUCGCGUGGGGCACGCCUGGCGCGCAGUGGCUGUCCGCGGAGACGGAGAACGCCGUCAUGCAGCUGGGAUAUCUCGGCCUGAUUCUCAUUGUCUAUGAAGCGAACCUCCUACUCUCAACUGGCGUCGCCAUUACAGGCAUCGCCGUCCCCAUCGGUCUGUCCUUCACCCUCCGCUCCCUCGUCGGCGCCUCGCCCCUGCAGGCCUUCGCAGCCGGCGCCGCGCUCUGCUCGACUAGUCUCGGCACCACGUUCACCGUCCUCGGGACCAGUGGUCUCGCGACCACGCGGUUGGGCGUCGUGCUCACCAGCGCUGCCAUGAUGGAUGACGUUGUCGGCCUCAUCAUGGUGCAGGUCGUGUCCAACCUCGGCGGAGGAGGCGGCGGAUUCGAUGCGGUUACUGUCAUUCGGCCCGUCUUCGUGUCGCUUGGCUUCGCGGUGGUCGUCCCGGCUGCUUGUAGAUUCAUCGUGCAGCCUGCUACAGUAUGGCUGAAUGCCGUCCGGGAGAAGACUCCUGGGUCAAGGGUCGACCGGCUUUUACGACAGAGGCAGACUGCAUUUGUCAUCCACACGCUCUGGUUGUUCGGCCUCGUGAUUGGAGGUACCUUUGCUGGGACGUCGAGUCUGUUGGCUGCGUAUGUUGCCGGAGCUACGGUCAGCUGGUGGGAUUCCGAGGUGCCGCAUGCUGCAGCUCUGCCUGAAAUAGGUGCAGCUAAGCAGUCUGAGACGAGUGCCAGCCAAGAGGGAGUAAAAUCAGAUUCUUCGCCUCGUGAGGCGAACGGUGCCGUGCCAUCACCAGCGACGGAGAGUGCGCCGGCGGCUGAAAACUCGGGGGGCGAAAUCUACGAGCACUACUAUCACCAGGCGGUCGAGCGAGUCUUGAAACCAUUCUUCUUUGCGUCCAUCGGCUUUUCUGUGCCCAUCACGAGAAUGUUCUCAGGUCCCACCGUGUGGCGGGGACUGGUCUACACCAUUCUCAUGAUCAUCAGCAAGAUGCUCUGCGGGAUCUGGUUGCUUUCAUUCGCGAGUCCCCUUCAGACGGUCCAACGCCUCAUCAAGAAAGUUUCCGGGACUGGCAAGAGACAGUCAAAGAAGCUCGCGCCUGGUGCGCAAUGUGCCGGGAGUGCCGCGUCGGAAUCAUCCCCAAAUGAACCGGCGCAACAAGCGCAGACCGGAGAAGGGGUGGCCCAGGCCGAGGACCUCCCCCUCCAGCCCUUGGGUGACCGGCACACUGAGCCGACCCCGAAGAACGCGUCACCCAAGCCCGAAAUGCCGGUUUCCGUGUAUCCGGCCUGCAUCCUCGCUUUCGCGAUGGUCGCCCGCGGGGAAAUCGGCUUCCUAAUCUCCGCUCUCGCGGAAAGCACAGGCAUCUUCAGCGGCAGCUCGGGGAGCCCCGCGGAGCCAUCGGAGCUCUUCCUCAUCGUGACCUGGGCCAUUUCUCUCUGCACCAUCAUCGGCCCCGUUUGCGUGGGCCUUUUAGUGAACCGAGUCAAGAGGCUGGAGAUGCAGAGUGGUGGAAACACCUCGCAAGGUAGACGGAAUGUUCUCGGCGCGUGGGGGGUUAGCUAG